AUGGAGAUAACAACCCAUGGAGCAGCAUUACAAGCACAAUUUUGCUCAAUCAACCAACAAAAGCAAAUUCCUCAGACUCUCUAUUUUUCUUUUCUUAGAUGCAUCAUGGGAAACAGAUUUCGGAUGGGAGAAUUUUUGCAGAAACUGUCUGCAUCCUUUUGCAAGCAACAUUUCUGUGCAAAAGGCGUUCGCAAUAUAAACCUACAGGUUUCGGAAGGGAGAAUUUGGCCUGUUAAGUGCCAUGUCGAGACACAAGCAAGAAUCUGUGGUGGAUGGAGAGCAUUUGUGCGAGAGAAUCGUCUGAGAUUAGGGGAUGCAUCAUGCAUGUGUGUUUGA